ACUCGGCCCCCGAGGAGCCUUUCUCGCGACAGCGAGGCGAUGCCGCGCAGCCGGCAGCCGAGGGUCCGCUCCGGGAACGAGCCUCGCCCCGCGCCCGACAUGGAACCGGCGGGUGACGGGGCCUGGGCCCACAGCCGCGCCGCGCUCGACCGCCUGGAGAAGCUGCUGCGCUGCUCGCGCUGCACUAAUAUUCUGAGGGAGCCCGUGUGUUUAGGAGGGUGUGAGCACAUCUUCUGUAGUGAUUGUGUAAGUGACUGUAUUGGAACUGGAUGUCCAGUGUGUUACACUCCAGCCUGGAUACUAGAUGUCAAGAUCAACAGACAGUUGGAUAGCAUGAUCCAGCUUUGUAGUAAGCUUCGGAAUUUGCUACAGAACAAUACGCUUUCAGAUUUGAAAGAUGAUACAUCUAGAACAAAUAUAUUCAAUGAUUCGGAAAACAAGAAGAAUUCAAUAAAGAUGUGGUUUAGUCCUCGAAGCAAGAAGGUCAGAUAUGUUGUGAGUAAAGUUUCAGUGCAGACCCAGCCUCAAAAAGUAAAAGAUGAUAGUACUCAGCAAGCCUCAAUGUAUGAAUUUGUUUCUUCAAGUCCUCCUGUAGUUGUUCCUAAGAGGGCUAAAAAGGCUUCUACAACAUCUGCAAAGAAGCAAAAAAAGAAAACUUUAGCUGAAAUCAACCAAGAAUGGAAUUUAGAAGUGGAAAAAGAAGCUGGUGAACUUGACUCCAAAGAGGAAUUUAAGGAAAGGGUGGUAUCCUUCUGUAGCUCACCAUCAGUUAUCACUAGUCCACAGAUAAAUGGUGAAAUAGACUUACUAGCAAGUGGCUCUGGAACAGAAUCUGAAAGCUUUGGAAGCUUAACUGAGGUCUUUUUACCAUUGGCUGAGCAUAUAGAGUCUCCAGACCUUGAGGGGAAGAAUGAGGUGACUCCUGAGGAGAAAGAGGUCACUGACAGUGAUCUUACAACUACGGCAGCUUUGGUCUCCUGUCUCCCUGGCAAACGUGGGUGUUGUCGCAGGUUGUCUGGCUCCAUGUCUAAGAGAUGUAAAAGCAGCAUUCCAAGCACCAGUGGAGAUUUCGUUAAGCAAACAGUUCUCUCAGAAAACAUCCCAUUGCUUGACUGUUCCUCCCCACCUCCCAGCAAACUUAAAGGGGAUGACAUGACGAAGAGGAAAAACAGUAAUACAUCAGAUGAGUCCAUUAGCCUUUCACCAUGUACACCACCAUCUACACUGAAUAGUUCAAGUUACAGACGAAUGAUGUUGAGUCCCUCUGCGAUGAAGCUAUUGCCUGGUAGCUUUAUGGUUGGGAAAAGAAACCAUAGAGGAGAAACUUUGCUUCAUAUUGCUUCUAUCAAGGGUGAUGUUCCUUCUGUUGAAUACCUCUUGCAAAACGGAAGUGAUCCCAAUGUUAAAGACCAUGCUGGAUGGACACCAUUGCACGAAGCCUGCAACCAUGGGCACCUGAAGAUAGUGGAAUUGCUGCUCCAGCAUAAAGCAUUGGUGAACACCACUGGCUACCAGAAUGACUCACCACUUCAUGAUGCAGCCAGGAAUGGGCACGUGGAUAUAGUCAGGUUGUUAUUGUCCUGUGGAGCCUCCCGGAAUGCGGUUAAUAUAUUUGGUCUGCGGCCUGUGGAUUAUACAGACAAUGAAAAUAUGAAAUCAUUAUUGCUGCUACCAGAGAAGAAUGAAUCAUCCUCAACUAGCCAUUGCUCAGUUGUGAAUUCUGGGCAGCGUAGAGAUGGACCACUUGUGCUUAUAGGCAGUGGACUUUCUUCAGAACAACAGAAAAUGCUCAGUGAACUUGCAACAAUUCUUAAGGCUAAAAAAUGUGCUGAGUUUGACAGUACAGUAACUCAUGUCAUUGUACCUGGUGAUGAAGUUCAGAGUACUCUGAAGUGUAUGCUUGGAAUUCUUAAUGGAUGCUGGAUUCUAAAGUUUGAAUGGGUGAAAGUCUCUCUACAAAACAAAGUAUGUGAACAGGAAGAAAAGUAUGAAAUUCCUGAAGGCCCACAGAGAAGCAGGCUCAACAGAGAACAGCUGUUGCCAAAGCUAUUUGAUGGAUGUUACUUCUAUUUUGGGGGAACCUUCAAACAUCACCCAAAGGACAACCUUAUUAAGCUUGUCACUGCAGCAGGGGGCCAGAUCCUCAGUAGAAAACCUAAGCCAGACAGUGAUGUGACUCAAACCAUCAAUACAGUUGCGUACCAUGCCAAGCCCGAUUCUGAUCAGCGCUUCUGCACACAGUAUAUCAUCUAUGAGGAUUUAUCUAAUUAUCGCCCAGAAAAGGUUCGUCAGGGCAAAGUUUGGAUGGCUCCUUCAAGCUGGUUUAUAGACUGUGUGAUGUCCUUUGAGUUGCUUCCUCUUGACAGCUGAAUAUCAUACCAGAUGAACAUUUCAAAUUGAAGUUGCACAGUUGUGUGAACCUAGCACAAUCUUUGAUCAUUCACAUUUUUACAAAUAGGUAGAGUCAUUCACAU